CGCUUAUUGGACCCUACCCCCAGUUCAUAAUUCUUUUAUGCCAGAAAUAAUAUAAUCUAAUAUUCUAGUGUUGUAUUGUCACAAUACUGUUUUCUGCUAAGUCUUCGUUAAAGUUGUAUUUUAUUACAGUCCUUUUCUUGGGUGAAGAAAAUGAUUAAAGUUGCUGUAAACAUCUCUUUUUAGGUUAAAAUCAUUGGGUUAUGGCUUUUCAAGCACCAAAUGCAAGAGAACUCGCCAAUCGAAAAAUAUUGGAGGAACUGCAGCUCAAGAAGCAGAUGCUGUUGAAGCAGGGGGCAGUGCCUCUGACGUCUACACCUCUUUCCAUCCCUGCUGUGUCAGGAAAUAUUCCCAGUCCAGGUCCAGAACAUUUGUCAUCUAUUCAGCGUGGAGCACAAGCUUCAUUCGGUUACUUUAUCCCUCAGGACUCUUUGUUUGGCAAUGUUAUUUUGCCAGUAUUACCCAGAUUCGACAACAAAUAAGUAUGGCUCGAAUAAAACUGAAGACACUAGAGCAGUACUUACAGCAGAUAGAAGUAUUUGAUAAA